GCUUGGAGUUGAACGAAUUGACCGACAAGUGCAAGCUGUUGUUUGUAAUAGUGCGUAUGUUUUCGUCUCCUCGUCGUGUUUAAAGGUACUUAGCUUCCGAUCGGUGCAUUUUAAAAAGGUGUAACAUUUGAUCCCCGGUUUAAAUAAUGCGCGAAGUAUGACUACUACUACAAUAAGGAAGUCAUAUGGAAAUAGAAAAUUAUAUUCGUUUCCUGAGGAUUAUCCUCUGCGUGUUGUAAAACAAAAAGCCAAUAACAAUGCCCCUAAAAAGACUGAAGACGUAGCAAAACUGCUCAAGUACAUCGAAGAUAACAUUAUCGGUAAAAACAAUGCCUUCCUGGGACCCUUUGGAAGACGAAAAGUUGUUUUUUGCGAUUACGCAGCAUCUGGAAGAUCACUUCAAUUCAUCGAAGAAUACAUCGUUCGGGAGGUACUACCAUGUUUUGGUAGCACUCAUUCAACUGUCAGUAUUACAUCAUUGCAAACCAGUCUUUUUAGACAAGAGACGCGAGACAUAAUACGGAAUGCCGUAAAUGCUUGCGAUGAAGACACCGUUCUGUUUGUGAGCGACGGUGCCAAAGGUGCCAUUAACAAACUUAUACAAAUUUUGGACUUCAGAGAACCACCUAUUGUGUUUUUCGCUCCUAACGAAGAUGCCGAAAAUAUAAAAUUAUGGCAAAGUAUUGGAGCAACAGUGAUAAGGAUAGGGGAAACAAAAGAAGGAUUUAUAGAUCUCAACGAUUUGGAGGAACAGCUAAAAAUAUACCAAAAUUCUGGUCGCCAGAUGAUUGGUUGUUUUUCAGCUGCCUCCAACGUAACGGGUAUACUAACUGAUGAUAUUGCGUCUACUUUACUUUUACACCAGUAUGGUGCUCUAUCAUUUUGGGAUUAUAGCGUUGCAGGUCCAACUGUUUUGAUAGAUAUGAACCCCGUGGUAUCGGGGGUUGAAGAAAAUGCCCUUAACAAAGACGCCCUGUAUUUUUCAGGGCACAAGUUUAUCGGCGGUGUACAAACACCAGGUGUUUUGGUUGCCAAGAAAACUCUUUUUCAACAAAUAAACAUGAACCACAACGAUAGCUUUUUCGAAAGCCAAGAACAUAAAAAAUGUUUUGAAACCAACGAAGAGGGUAGUACAGCAGCCGUUGUAGAGUCCAUUAGGGCUGGACUUGUCAUGCAACUUAAAGAAACUGUAACAGUUGCAAAUAUUAUGCAAAGACAAGAAAAAAUAACGAAACAAAUGCUUCAGCAUAUUCGGACAAUCCCGGAAAUAAUAUUAUUAGGAAAUGGUUCGAGUCAAAUGAAACGACUACCCAUAUUCUCGUUUGUAGUAAAACAUCCCCGAGGAAUUUUUCUACAUCAUAAUUUCGUUUGUGCCGUACUUAACGAUGUUUUUGGUAUUCAAGCUAGAGCUGGGUGCGCUUGUACAGGCUCUUACGCCCAAGAUCUACUAAAGAUCGAUCAAAACUUGGCCGAUCAAUUCGAAAACAUUAUUUUGGAAGACAGGAGAUUGAGCAGCUUGAAUUUAUCAGUGAAUUCGACUUUAGAGCUACUUAAACCGGGUUUCACCCGAAUUAGUCUUCCGUAUUUUAUGAGCGAAUCGGAACUGGCGUUUGUUAUGGAAGCUGUGAAGAUGGUAGCUACAGAAGGUUGGAAACUUCUUCCACAAUAUAUUGCAGACUUGAAUACGGGCGAAUGGCGUCACUACUCAAACGCGGUGUGCAAAGACAGGAAGUGGUUGAAUUCGGUUCGAUACGUGGACGGUAAAAUGACAAUGAACGAACGGAGGAUAUCGGGGCCCGGAGUUUUUCCGCAGAAUUAUUCCGAAUGUUUACAAACCGCUCGUAAUUUGUUUAACCGUGCGAGGAAGACCAUUUCGCGGAGUCCUUUCCCAGACCAAUCGAUCCAUUUCGACUCACGAAGCGAAAAAUUAAGGUGGUUUAUGAUCCCGAAGGAGGCCCAAAACAUACUGAUGGGCAAAUCACAGAACGUUAAAAAUACAGUUCCAUUUAAUCCUGUUGGAUACGCAGGAUCGAGAAAAUGUGAUAAAAUAAGGGAUGGAAACACUUGCAGUAGCAGCCCCUCUCCGUUACCCUACACCUCGAAUUGCAAUCUUACUACCAGACACCUCAGCCUCCCCACGAUCGACGAUGCCCUGCAUUCCCCAUCUCCUGUACCUUACCUAUUCCAAGACAACGCCAUGUUCAAUUCCUCAACGUUCCAACACUUCAUUCAGUCAAAUGCUCCGAAUUUCGCUGUUGGUGAAGCAGUUAGUUCUAAUGUAUUUAGUCCUGUUGCACCUCAACCGACUGUGUAUCAACGAGAAAGGUGUUUGAGUUUGGGUGAUCCGACUGUAUCUCCUCCACCACCCGCUCCUCUACUGAGCCCUCAAACAAGGGCUAGUCUAGGGAUGGGGGGUAUCGUUCGUAAACGAAAUUGUAGCUGUAGCAGCCAGACCGAUCUCCAUUCUUUAGAUUCUGACACCAACACAUCUCCGUCGUACAGUCUGAACAUGCUUUAUUGUGGUCCAAACGACAAUUCUUACCUGGGACGUGGAUCGCCAGCACCAAAUGCCGAAUUGCAAGCGUUUGUUAGUGAACUCGCCACCAGUAUCAAGUCCGAAAUUCGUGAAGUGACCAAAAAAGUUGAAAACGUUUUAGAAAACACCGAUUCUGUAGACGUGUCUUACUGUAAAUAUGACAAUCACGAAAGCAGCAGCGAAGAUGGACGGAGCGACUCCAUUUCCGCGACAGAAGUUGCGGAAUAUUUGGAAAAGGUAUCGAAAGAGAUGGUUAACGAAGUUAAAUCAGAGAUUCGGGACGUCGUUAGUGCUGUGGACGUAUUCAUAAUGCCCGAAGAGAGGAUGUCGUCAUAUUCGAGGCUUAAUUCCAGUGAAAGUGAUAAAUACCCUUCCACUUCUUCAAAAGGAAGAUAUACACCGGGAUCCAGCAGUGAGACAGUUAUUCAACUUAUUAAUCAAACCGAUUCUCCUAAUGUACCGAGCGAUGAAGAGGCCGGAACAUCCGAGCAAAACGCCAACAAACUGGCCGCUUCCACGGUCACCAGUGUCAGCUCUCAAGAUUCCGGCAUUAAUCUUUCAUUCCACGAUCAGGAGUAUUCUUCUAACGAAUUUGCUAAAAGACGCAGCAGCUCGGAAUCGUCGGCAACUCGUCAUUUGCGAAAAGAAAGUGACAAACUUAAAUUUUCCACGUUACAAAGACAGAACAAAAGUGAAGUGAAUGAGAAAUGUAUCGUGGAUCAGGACAGAUCCGGUCAGAUUAUGAAGUGGUCUAGUCCGCCAAAGAACGUCUGGUUGCAAUGUUUGGAGGCUUUGCAAGAAUACGAAAUGAUUAAAGAUGGUGAUAAAGUCAUGGUCUGCUUAUCGGGUGGCAAAGAUUCGCUCUGCUUAUUGCACACGUUGCUUCAAUAUCAAAGUCAUGUGCAAAAUAGAGGGAUUCUCUUCAGUUUGGGAGCCGUCACAAUCGAUCCCGAUUCUUCUGGUUGUGACCAUUUUAAACUUAUGCCUCAUUUGAAAAAUUUGGGAGUACAUUACAUUGUCGAAGAUCAGAGCGUGUCCCAAACAGAUAUCGGCAAGUGUCGAUCGUCGACUUCUAAAUGCAACUUUUGCAGUUUUUGUACCCCCGACAAACGAAGGAGAUUGUACUGUGCUGCCAAAAAUUAUGGUUACAAUGUUUUGGCAAUUGGACAACAUUUGGACGAUUUUGCCGAAAGCUUUCUAAUGUCUGUUUUUCAUGGUAAUAGUCUCAGAACAAUGAAGGCGCAUUAUUUAAUAAGAGAACACGAUUUACGAGUAAUUCGGCCAUUUGCUUAUGUAAGAGAAAAGGCUCUAAGACAGUUUGUGGUAAGCCACGGGUUACCCGCAGUGUGUAAUAAUUCAAGUCCAGAAACGACAAAAGAACGCCAAAGAGUUAGACAAGUUUUAGCUCAGCAAGAAAUAUUAUUUCCGAAGCUGUUCACGAGCUUACGAAUCGCUUUGAAACCUUUGAUGACUUUCCAGUUAGAUUCUAAGAAAUCGAAGAGAAACGAUUCUGAGAAAAGCACCGAAGAAACGGACACAUCCGACCCAGAAACUGACGAAGAGCCAGUACUGAAAGAUGACUGAUUUAUUUAAUUUAAUUAGCUUUAUCAUUUUUAUAAUUAUGUUGUCAGUAUUUUUCGUCAAAUUCGUAGGUUAAACCUCGAAAAGGACAAUUAUACCCCCGCCCCUUUCCUUCCAGAAUUUCCCUUUGUGUAAUUGUUAUAAAUUUAUUUAAAGACUUUAUCGUUUCUGAACUGUUACAGCAUGUAUCUACACAAGAUUUGAAUACUUUGAAAAUUGAAAACUUGCCAAAAAAAAAUAAUGAAAUUUUUUUCUAAUCAAAACUAUUUUUCUAAAUGUUGUUCUUAGAUCAAGACGAACGCAUGGUUUGUCUACUUUGUAAGUGUUUAUUACACGUUAUAUGCAUGAACAAGAUUUUAGAAGGACAACUGAAAUUAUUUAAGUUGUUUUUCGUAAAUAUUGGUGUGAUAUGUAAUAUUUGUAAGAAAAUGAAAAGCUAUUUAAAAAUUCAGUUCACCUCCAAACACAUACAAAAAUAGAACGUAGUUUUGCAAAACUUCAGUGUAAGUAAUAGAAGACGAUAAGAUCAAAUUAAUUUAUUUUCCAUUUUUAGUAAAUGGUCGUCUUUAUUUGGAGAGUUUUUGAAUUUUUAAGUUCCAGGGGCUCAGGGUUCGAAAUAUAAAAAAAUAAUCAAGUCUGUACCUUAUUUUUAAUUUGAAACUUGAAAACUUCAACUCCAUAUGAUGCAUGCACCUUACAAUUUUACAGGCUUUUAGCUAUUUUUGUUCGAACAUUAAUUUCAUAGAUGAAUUAAAUGGCGAAAUUUGUUGCUAUUAAAAUUAAGGUAGACCCAUAAGUGGCUCCUAGCUCCUGAGAGCAUAAAAAUCCAAAAAUAACUAGCUACUUAUUAUUUGUUACAGGUAAUGUUGUUAAUAUUUACUAUACAGUUGCUUUAGCUAUGUUGAGGUGUACGUUAAAUCUAUUUAGGAUUUGAUACUGUGUACUACUGGAAAACUGAACAUUGCUUAAAAAAUUGUACUCAAAUGAAAAUAUUUACUUAAUUACUAUUAAACCAGUUACGGCAAGAAUGAUAUUAUUAUAAACUAUGCAAAUGCCAAACUGUAUACUUAUGUAGUUCCCUGUUUUGCUAUUUAUAAAAUGCCAUAAAUUAUUAAUUCGUGUAUGCUAUCAUUUUUGUAUAUUAUAUUAUGGUAGUCUAUAUAGUUAAGAUUUGUGCUAUGGAUAUAAUAGUAAUAAUACAUAAUAGCAUCCAAAGGAAAUCUAAUACCCAACACAAAUAUCUCGAAAUUUGUUAUAUUUCGUAAUAUCUAUCUAUUUAUUUAUAGUUGCGGUAUUUCCAAAAUAAUGAUAUAAACGCAUUGUGGUAUUAGAUACUACAAGGAAAGAUCAUUGCAAGGUAUGCAUGGAUGGUCUGCCCCUGAAACUCAAAGAAUAAGGGUCAAUUACGUAAAAAAAUCGCUCUGAAAAUUGCUGAAAAAUACAAUAAGUGUAACUACGGUUCUAACUAUCCCGUUUAAAUUUACAAUAUCUACUUAAUGUAUUAAAAAAUGUUUUUUAAUUCUAUCAAUUUCGUACUUUCCUUAGAUUCCUAAGUUUUAUUCCUUAAUCUCGUCAUUUUUAAGUAUGAGAGCACUGGUGAUACUUUUUUUUUUUAGUGAUAUAUGUUAAUUAAAAAUAAAAUUGCAAAUAAGAAUGCUUAUUAAUGUUAGUUCUAGUUUUAAGAAAAAAAAUCUAGAAAAGAUAUAUUUUCAAAGGCAUAGCCAAAAUUUCAGUUGCACAUUUCAAUUUUCAGAACAAUUUUUCUUGUGAUGUGGUCCCUUGCCUUUUUUUGUGCAAUUUACUACUGCUACUUUUUAUCCCUAAAAUAUCAUUGGUUUAUAAGUAAAAAUACAUUCUACUAUAAAUAAUUUUCCAUUUACAGAAAAGUACCGAAUGUGAAUGAAUCAAUUAAAAAAAAGAAUAAUCCCUUACUAUUUAAAAAUUAUUAAAUGAAAUAAUAAAAACUUUUAAUUAAACUGUAAACCAAUGCAAACGAAAAAAGUAACUUGUGCAAAAAAAGAGUAUAAUCCUUGUCUUCAGGAGUGGUUUGCCGAUAUGUAUGUCGCCUAUCAUUUAUGCAUAAUGUGAUUAUAUUGUAAUUAAUUUAAUUCCGAAUUUAUUAUCACUGUUUUAAGUUAUUAAUUGAUUAGUAAAUAUACUCGAAUAUGUUGUUA